GCGUUCCAGGAGCAGGGAGCGGGAGCGGAGCCGGGAGCGGAGGAGAUCCCGCAGCAGGGAGCGCAGGCGCUCCAGGAGCAGGAGCAGAGGGCGGCGGUCCCGCUCCUCCAGCCCCAGCAAGAACAGGAAGGCUGAAAACAGAUCAAGAUCUAAAGAAAAGACAGAUGGUGUGGAAGUUUCCAAAGAGAAGAAAAAAGACAAAGAUGACAAAGAAGAAGAGAAGGAAAAAGAUCCCACCACAAAUACUAAUUUUGAUCAGAACAAACUGGAAGAAGAAAUGAGGAAACGAAAAGAAAGAGUGGAGAAGUGGAGGGAAGAACAACGCAAGAAGGCCAUGGAGAACAUAGGAGAACUGAAAAAAGAAAUUGAAGAGAUGAAACAGGGGAAAAAAUGGAGUUUAGAAGAUGAUGAUGAUGAUGAAGAGGAAACUGCAGAAGGAGAAAAAGAAGGGAAUGAGGUUGAAGAUGAAGAGUUAGAUCCUUUGGAUGCUUAUAUGGAAGAAGUAAAAGAAGAGGUCAAGAAGUUCAAUAUGAGAAGUGUGAAAGGUGGUGGGAGUGAAAAGAAAACUGGACCAACUGUUACCAAAGUAGUAACUGUGGUGACAACCAAAAAAGCAACUGUAGAGUCAGAGAAGAAGAAAGGGGAGCUCAUGGAGAACGACCAAGAUGCAAUGGAGUAUUCCUCAGAAGAGGAGGAAGUUGAUCUUCAGACUGCCCUGACUGGCUACCAGACCAAGCAAAGAAAGCUGCUAGAACCAGUGGAUCAUGGAAAGAUUGAAUAUGAACCUUUUAGGAAAAACUUCUAUGUUGAAGUACCAGAACUAGCUAAAAUGACUCAGGAAGAGGUGAAUGUGUACAGGCUGGAGUUGGAGGGAAUUACAGUCAAGGGAAAAGGCUGCCCCAAACCAAUAAAAACCUGGGUACAGUGUGGUAUCUCCAUGAAGAUUCUCACAGCCCUCAAAAAACAUGGCUAUGAGAAGCCCACUCCCAUUCAAACCCAGGCUAUCCCAGCCAUUAUGAACGGACGGGAUCUGAUUGGCAUUGCCAAAACAGGGAGUGGAAAAACCAUUGCCUUCCUCUUGCCCAUGUUCAGGCACAUCAUGGAUCAGAGAGCCUUAGAAGAAGGAGAAGGUCCCAUAGCUGUCAUCAUGACCCCUACUCGUGAGCUGGCUUUGCAGAUUACCAAGGAGUGUAAGAAAUUCUCAAAGACACUUGGGCUUCGAGUUGUCUGUGUUUAUGGAGGCACAGGAAUCAGUGAACAGAUAGCUGAACUCAAAAGAGGUGCUGAAAUUAUUGUUUGCACACCUGGCCGUAUGAUUGACAUGUUAGCAGCUAACAAUG